CGAGUCUCGCCCUGCCUGCACUGACUCAGGCUCUCCCCCCUCCAGUCUCCUCACACUCUCCGGACUCGGAGUUUCCGUUUCCUGCUGCCUCCUCCAACUACCGGAGGCUCCUCACCGAGCCGGGACAGCCGAUCCAAUCAGAGGCCGGCCCCCGUGCCGCACCGUCCGGAAGGAUGGGUUUAUUUUACUGAGUAUGGGGCCCAGCAGGAACAAAUGGAGCCAGUAACAUCAAAGGUCGCUCAGCAGGAUAAUGCGGGUUCCCAAUCCAGAUCACAUAACCAGCUAAACAAUCUGCACUAGACUCUGGAGUGAAUAAGGAUACUUCUCUCCACCACCAUGACCUGCAGCUUGCAGUGGCACCUUGUCCUGCUAAACUUCAUGACUUGCGGCCUUGAAAUCUGUGUGGCAGCUGGGAUCACCUAUGUUCCCCCAUUACUUCUGGAAGCUGGUGUGCAGGAGCAGUACAUGACAAUGGUCUUGGGUAUAGGUCCCGUCCUUGGUUUAAUCCUCAUGCCCCUCAUUGGAUCAGCUAGCGACAACUGCCAAAGCAACUAUGGUGGAAGACGUCCGUUCAUCUGGAUAUUAUCCCUUGGUGUCCUCCUCUCACUCAUUAUCAUUCCACACGCUGACUCCCUGGCUUCCUACUUUUCCUACGGUGGAAACCACGUCCAUAUUUUCUUCCUCAUUUUCGGGGUGGGAUUGUUAGACUGCUGCGUUCAAGUCUGCUUUACACCACUGGAAGCUCUUUUGUCUGACUUGUACCAUGACGACGAAGGCUGCGGCCAAGCCUUCGCCAUGUUCUCCUUCAUGAUCAGCAUUGGUGGCUGUAUUGGGUAUUUGCUGACCUCUGUAAACUGGAAUUACACAUACAUGUCUUUUUACCUCGGUGGGCAAGACGAGUGCCUGUUUUUGUUGUUAAUUCUAAUAUUUAUUGUAAGUGUCCUAGUCACUAUGAAGACUGUGGAGGAACAUAGCCACAGGCGACAGCCGGCUCUGGACCUCAAACCUUCCGUCACGUCAAAGUCCUUCACCAGAGGAUGCUGUAUACCAAAAUGGAAGCUGCGAUCCUGGAAAUGCAACCCCAUCCUAUGCCUGCUGAGCCUCUGCUGGUCUGUGACCCCCAGGAUCUAUCAUAGUUACUGUCGUAUCCCUGCUGUCAUGAAACAAUUGUGUGCUGCCCAGUUGUGUAGCUGGAUGGCAGUCAUGUCUUUCAUGCUCUUCUACACAGACUUUGUCGGAGAAGGAUUAUAUAAAGGGAUUCCAAGUGCUGCGCCAGGAACUGAAUCGAGAAUCCGUUACGAUGAAGGAAUCCGUAUGGGAAGUCUCGGGCUUUUCCUCCAGUGCGCGACAGCGACCUUCUUCUCCAUGAUCAUCAACAAACUGGCCAAGCAGUUUGGGUCGCGGCAAGUCUACCUGUACAGCAUGAUCACCUUCACCUCCUCCGCCCUGGUCAUCUGCCUGUCCCAAAACAUUGUCAUCGUUACCAUCAUGUCUUCACUUACUGGAUUCGCGUACGCUACACUCCAGACGCUUCCGUACACCUUAAUAUGUCUCUAUCACAAGGAAAAAGAUGUUUUUAUGCCAAGACCCGAGGUGCCACACACCCACAAUGGGAAUAUCCUUACCAAAGAAGCGGUCUGCUUUUCACCCAACUUGCCACACAGUCACCAGAAUGGUACUUAUAAGCACAAAGAGCCAGGGCACAACAAAGAUGGUGGCUACCUUUCUCAAGAACUGGAGAUCUACAUCCAUUCCCAGGAACGCCAUCACUGCCCAACAAACAACAAUAACCAGAGUCCCGAUGGCACGGGCGACACUUGUAAAGAUGUUUACACCAAACGUGGCAUUGGCCUGGAUUUUGCCACACUCGACAGCACAUUCCUCCUCUCUCAGGUCUUCCCGUCCCUCUUCAUGGGGAUGGUGGUACAGCUGAUGGAAAAUGUCACCGUCUACAUUGCAUCGUCAGUCAUUUUUGGAGUUUUUGCCAUUUACCUAGCAAACCGCAUUGUGUUUGACCAAAAAGACAUGCGGACAUAAAGCGAUUGCAGCGGGGCAGAUGAGACGUCAGUACCUUUGUUUACAAUGUUCGCGUUUACAAUAACGGAAGUUUCUCUGUAAUUUCCAGUAUGGCCAGUUACUCCAACCGUGUUACCACAAGCGGCAAAAAAGGCUGUGGGGAUAUGCAAUGUUCAGUAAU